AUGAAUGAAAAUAUUGAAACACAAAUCAACGACAUUAAGCAUUUGACACUUCACCAUAAGGUUAAAAGAUCAUGGGAAGGAGCUGGUAGCGCAAUCAAAUGGUUAUUCGGUAAUGCUGACGCAGAGGACGUCAAACGUUACGAUAAUAUGAUCAACAAGCUUGAUAAUGACGAAAAGGACAUCCUUAGAAUUGUACAUGAUCAAGUAUCCAUAAUCAAAAGCACUAUUUCUAAUUUUAAUGAAUCCGUCACAUCGUUUAAUGAUAACAAAUUGAUAUUUGAUAAUAACUUAAGUAAAAUUUCUAUUGCUAUAUCUGGACUACAAAAUAUUUCUACCAACUCCGUAGAUUUUGAAAAUAUAAUUAUUACUCAGUCUCUAAUCGAAAAUAAUAUAAAUUCAUUAGAAAAUACACUUAAUACAAUAGUCACAAUUUCAUGUGACUCAAACACAGAAGUAGAGAAAAUUGUAGUGAAGAAAACCGGGAGGCUAUCUUUAAAACAAAACUGUAGAGCCAUUACACCAUCGGUGACUCUAGAAGCCACACAAACUAAUCUAGAGUCAAACUUCAAUGCAAUCCCCCUAGAAUUUAGUUUGCUGAAUUCAACUUAUUGCAACAAUUUAUACAACAAAACAAUUCAAAAGCCCUUGCAUCUCGAAAAAAUGGAAAAUAUAAAAUUAGAUCAAGCAGCCCUAAAUAAUCUGGAAUCUCAAUUAACCUACCAAGAACUACAAUCUGAACAAAUACCAUUAGCUAUAGAAUCAAAUCAUAUUGUAAAUAACCCUGAACCAGAACGUAGAAUUUAUCCUUACCCAGUACACAAACUAUUCUCUUUAUCUCUAAAAACAGGCGUUUUCCCAAAUUCAUGGAAAUCUAGUUAUGUAUUACCAAUUUGGAAAACCGGAGAUCGAUCCAUUAUCAAUAACUAUAGACCUAUUUCUAAGUUAAGUGUUCUACCUAAACUUUUUGAAAAACUCAUUGAGCCCAAACUAUCAGAUAUAUUGAAAAACACUUUAAUAAAUGAACAACAUGGAUUUCCUAACACAGUUGGCUCUGGUGGUCAAGUAGACGUAAUAUAUACAGAUAUAAAAAAAGCAUUUGAUACGGUUGACCACUCAAUUCUUAUCAAAAAACUAUCCGACUUUGGCUUUGGUGAUCCAAUUUUAUCAUGGCUAUCUUCUUAUCUUACUGAUCGAACUCAAAUGGUAAAAAUUAAUAAUAAAAUUUCCAAUGAAUUUAUUAUAUCAUCUGGAGUACUCCAAGAGGAUGAUUUAAAAUUAUAUACCACUAUUAAUUCUAUAGAUGACAUAAAUCAUUUACAAAUUGACUUGAAUAGUCUAUUUCAAUGGUGUUCAUUAAAUGGCUUAGAGAUAAAUAGUUCUAAAUGCUCAUUUAUUUUAUUUUUUCGUUACAAAGUAAGAAUAUCUUCUGACUAUAAUAUUGGUGACUACAAACUACAAAAAGUUUCCCAUAUUCGAGAUUUAGAUGAUUUAUAA